AUGAUCCCUGCGGCCAGCGAGGAGGACUUGAGAUCUCUGCCACCUGCUGUGCGACGAAAGUUCUUCUCGAAUGUCGAGCGCUUGCGCAUUCGGCUAGCGCAGAGCGAUCCCAGUUCCCCUGCGUGCUCCACGCACUACAAUCACCUCCAUCACGCCCGGACUUAUCGGCCUAGUGGCCGUCUUGGGUCUGAUCUCCUCUUCCACCAUCCUCACUCGCACUCCCACCCUUACUCUCAUUUUCAUUCUCAUUCUCGUACACUACGCAACGCUUCGACAACCUCCCUCGCCAGAGGCCGUGGACUGGAGAAACGGUCGACUGCCACUCCCAGAAAAUUGCGCAAGCCUGGCUCGCUGCAACUGGCCUACCUAGUUGCCCAGGCAGACUCGCAAUGCUUCCAUUCUCUCCCCGCUAAAAUUCAACAAAAGCUUUUCUCCUCCGAAGAACGCUUGCGUCUUCACCGCGCUUAUCGUGAGAGUAUCAUUCUGGACGCUGCCGACGAGGCUUUCUAUCGUCGCCCUUUCCCUCGGCGUCGUCCGUCUACCGACAGUCUCCCUUCAGAAACCACUCUCCCGGUAGCACAACCAGACACGGUCUUUUACGAUUCAGACUCGGAGGACGAGACCGACGACAGCAUGGAUCAGUCAAUCUACGACAGCUUUCGCUGGCUUGAUGAAGAUGGUGACCUCGACUUGUCUCUGGAUGAGUACCAUGCCCAUGUGGCGGAUGCUGCUGCCAAAUCCAAACCUCGGCGUCGCCCAUCCUUCCGUCGGUCCUUAUCAUUUUCCACCCACAAUCUGAGACAGCAUCGACCCUCACCAUCGAUGCCAACCCGCACUCUUCCUCUAUCUCACACAAUUCAAGCUCUCGCCCCUCUUGCAACUGGCCAUCGCUCUUCCUCUCGCCCGGGCUCUCGUCGCCGCCAACCCAUCCAACAUGCGCACAAGUCUUCCACAUCAAGUAUCGACCCCGCCGCACAAUACUACCAAGAUCCCGACGCCCGUCUCAAACUGCGUGUCUACCUGGCCUCGCCGCAGAAAUUCGAUGAGGCCAUUGAGUUCGGUUUUCCAUCCUUGGAACAGGAUAAGGAAAACAUCGCUCCAGACCAUACCCCCACGUCCCCUAAGUCACCCACGGUGACAAGUGACUGGGCAGGGACGUUUUUCGAGGAUGAUGAUGGCACUGUGCUCGGCACUCCUGGCGGAUCCAUUGAAGAGCCUGCGGCUUCUCGUGCUUCUUCUCAGCUCAAGGAAACCUCGCGGCCGUCAAUGGAUACUCCUUCUCCACUCCAGCGGCGUCAAUCACUCCUUCUAGGCUCAAAGACGGGCCCCCAGAGACUCCCAGGAAACCGGGAGAUGACCCUAAAAAUGACUCUCACCCGGCCGGAUCUGCGGACUGAGUCUCCCACUCCCUCCCAGACUUCCCCACAGGAGGAUCCGCUGCGCCUGGCGGCACUGCCCCCGCCAGACCGUGCCCAGAUGAUCUGGGACUCGGAUGAGGAUGACCAGGGCGUCGUCAAAAAGAUGUGGCGCAGACUUCGUCGACGAGUUUAG